AUGGAGAAAGGAAAAGUGAAUCUUGAUGUUAUGAGCUUUGCGCCUCUUACUUUGACGCAGUUUCUUAUCCAAAGUCAGCCAAAGCAGAGUCGUGGUGCUUUUACACUUUUGAUGAUGGCUCUCCAAACGGCCAUCAAAGUGACCGAAAAAAAUAUUCGAAGGGCAGGAAUGAAAAACAUGUUUGGCGUUAUUGAGGGAGUGCCACAGAACACAUCGGGUGAUCAGCAGGCGAAGCUGGAUGUAAUCUCCAAUAAUGCCUUCAAGGCCUACCUCGGCUCGUCAACUUGCGUUGCCGUCCUUGGGAGCGAGGAAGAGAAAGAUCUCAUCGUCAUCGAUAAAUCCGGCGACUACAUCAUUUUUUUCGAUCCUCUGGAUGGCAGCAGCAACAUUGAUGCCAACGUCACUAUCGGCUCGAUUUGGUGCAUCUGGCGCAUACCACCAGGGGAACAUAUUGAGUUGGAUGGAAAAAACAAAUCUUUACUUCAGAAGCUGAAUGGUAAUGAAAUUGUUUCAGCUGGGUACGUCAUGUAUGGAAGUGCCACGAGCCUUAUCAUGAGUGUUGGACAAGGUGUCGAUGGGUUCACAUUGGACCCAAGAAUUGGUGAGUUUGUUCUCACGCAUCCCCAGAUCAAAAUCCCAAAUGAGCGCGCGAUCUAUAGCGCGAAUGAUGGUUAUUUCAGAAAAUGGGAGCCAUGGUUCAAAAAAUAUGUCAUGCACAUUAAGGAAAACGAAGAAAAGCCAUACUCCUACAGGUAUGUUGGCUCCAUGGUGCCUGAUGUUCAUCGUACCCUGGUUUAUGGAGGCAUCUUUUGUUACCCUCAAACAACGGAUAAGCCAACGGGUAAGUUGCGCCUUUUGUAUGAGGCAGCACCAAUGGCUUACAUCAUAGAGCAGGCUGGCGGGAAGGCCUUGGAUGGAAAGGGUCGUAUCCUAGACCAGAAGGUGGAGUUGAUACAUCAGCGCACUCCUGUUUUUUUAGGCAGUAGCCAAGAAGUGGAUUUCUGUAUGUCUUUCCGCGAUAAAUAUGGGGGUACCUCCGAGAAGUGA